AUGUGUAGAACAACGAAGUUUCUUGAGAAACUGAAUGCUGUUGUUUGGGAUAGAGACCUUGAGCCAGAUGAAUUUGACAAAGGGUGGAAUUCUGUGAUGCGUGAAUUUGGCUUAGAAGAUGAUGGGUGGUUUACUGAUAUGUUUAACAUAAGACAUAUGUGGAUCCCUUCUUACUUUCGAAAUCUUUUCAUGGGUGGUAUUUUGAGGUCCACACAGAUUUCAGAGUCUGAGAACAACUUUUUCACUUUGUUUACAAAUGCAAAUCUUCUUCUAGUUGAGUUAUGGUUUCGGAUAGAAUCAGCUAUGGAUGCUCAAAGACAUGCCCAAAACAAACUCAACUCAGAUUCUAAGAAUUCCAUGCCUCGUCUUAUUACUCCUCUUCCUUUAGAGAAGCAUGCAUCUCUUGUUUACACACACAAUAUGUUCUACAAAUUUCAGAGGGAGUUUCAAAAUGCAAUUUUUAAUUGUGGGGUUUACAAAGUACAAAUAGAGGAAGCUGUUGAGGAGUUUGAAGUUGCAGAUAAUACAAGGAAGAAAACAUAUCAUAUGUUUGAAUCCAUGGGAAUAUUAUGUCGGCAUGUGCUUUUUGUGAUAAAAGGGAAGUUUUUGACUGAAAUUCCAGAGCAACAUAUAUUGCAUCGGUGGACUAAAGAUGUUUCAAAAAAGCCCAUUUUCGACUUUUGUGAGGACUUUGAUGGUAUAGAAAUAAAUAAGAAGAAAAAAGUUGUUGGGGAUCUUUGGUCGAAAUUCUUCUCAUGUGUAAGCCUUGUUGAAAAUAACACAGACCAUCUUGAGUUAUUAUUGGAAAGGUUAUCUGCUUUUGAGGAGGAAAUGAAACCUGGAAAAGAAAAUGUUGAGCAACAAUCUAAAGACAAGCAUAUUGAGUUGUUCGUUGGUUCUAAUAUAGUAUCAGGUGGUAUACUUCCUCCAAACAAGUCUUCAAACAAAGGAAGUGGUACGGGAAAGAGAAAGAAAAGUGAUCAAGAGAUAGCCAUUGAAGCAAGCAACAAAAAGGAGAGACUGUGUAGAUCAUGUGGUCAACUUUCAACUCAUGAUAGUCGUAAUUGUCCUGAUAAAAAGAAAAACCUAGAAUGA